AUGACAGACAGACUAUUGAGGCAGGGGGGAAAUUCCCAUUCCCGGACCGCAACUCAUGUCCACGCAAGCACUCAUCCUUACCUACAAGUAGGCCAACCCAGCCCUGGACCGAGGAACUUUCAUGCAUUCGGAGGUCAUAGUCCCUACCCUUCCUCCUUGGACGACGACCUAUACUCCGACUAUACCAGUCCCACCAACACCUACGGGAGUGUCACCGGGACUUCGACAUCCUGGGCUAGUUCUGAUUUCCCGGCGGCGGCGGGCUACGACCCGGCUUCGACCAACACCAUACAUCCAUAUGCGGGCGCUUCUGCAACAACACAUAACCCACAACUAAAUGAUCUUACACUGGUUGGUGCAUGGAAUGUGCCCACUGGUAGAUACGACGGCUAUGCACGGAGCAGCCCCCGCGACCUUUACUCGAGCUUCGCAUCGUCAUCUGAGCGCGUCUCAAGGACCUGGCAACCGAAUGUUGCGAUGGACGAAGGCGAAGAUGAUGGCAAUAUCAAUGAUAAUGGCGUAGAUGCACCUGGCCCGAACGAGCAGCCCACACAGGCAAGCUACCCCGUCGUCCGUACCAAAAAGAACCGUAAAGGUUCAAUCGAGUCCAUGUGGUCCGUCCUCAACAACCGCGGUUCCCUGCCGGACCUGCUGCAAGACACGGCGAAACAACUUGAAAGAACGCAAGCUAUCCGCUACAGCCAACACGCGGAGGAACGCAACAUCGCCUGGCUCGGAAGCAACGAAGAACCGUGGUGUGCUCUGGGAACGCCCCACGGGAGCAGUAAUAUCUCCAGUCCAUAUGGCCACUUCUUCAUGCCCCCCUCGCACGUUGAUGCAGAAGAUGAAUAUGAUUUAGAGUUAUGA